GAAACUUCAUUUCGCAUUUGAAUCUAGUGUGGAAUGUAUCGUAUCUUUGAAUGCAGCGUCAAAAUGUUCUAAGCUUCGUGUCUAUAGCAUUUUGUGUUUGAAUUGAUGAUUAUUUAUUCAUUAUUAAAUAAAAUGUGAACAACAAAAUUAAGAAGCCAAUUACAAGAAAUGCUCACGAAUAUAUGAGUUACAAAAGAUAUUUUGACGUUUGUUUCCACGUGGUGACUGUCAAGAUUUUAGCUACGUGUUAAUUUUGUUCAUUAUAUUUAAUAAAGUUACUGAUCUCGAUCGCAUUUUGCUCGCGGAAUGGAGUCCUUGAACAUGUCUAAAUUAAAUUUGUCCAGCGUAAGGAGCCACGCAACAAGCGACAACUGUCCUAAACCAGAUGUUUCGGAAGUCAAGUACGAAUCAAAUACUCUCCUGGACCCAGAUGAUGAAUUUCACUGUGAAUACAGAGAUGACAUUUGGAAGAAUCUAUUAGAACAAGAUGCACAGAAACCUGUUAUACACUUGCAAUCACCACAGCUCGAAUUCAGAGGCGCCCUCGUGCAACAGCUACGUGAUGUAUCGAAGAAGCUAGGUCUCUCAUUAGCGACAUUGCACUCAGCGGUAGCACAAUUGGACCUAUUCAUGGACGCACACAGACUCAGAGCGGACAGACUCACACAUGUGGCGCUCGCGUGCUUAUCUCUUGCAGCAAAGAGCGAAGAGAAGCUCAGCAGAGCGCCGACCCUGAAAACGUUGGCCAAGAUUAGCGGCGUACAGCUGUGCGGCAAGACGUUCCGGCAGUUGGAGUGGAUGGUCGGACAGCACGUCCGCUGGCGGCUGUUAGCGCCCACGCCCGUGACUUUCGCGGCCCUGCUGGCGCAGUACGUGGUCACCGACGCGGAUCUGACCACGCGGCACCCGAAGUUUGUGAGGCGCUUCAGGCGGGAUGGGGCCAAGUUGCUGGAGGCGUAUCUGGAUCUGACGCUGUCCGACGUGCGUCUCAAAGUGGUUGAGAGCGUGGAGGUGGGGUGCGCGUGCGUGUCGUGCGCGCGCGCAGAGCUCGGGCUGUGCGCGUGGCCGCGCUGGCUGGCGGACCUCACCGGCCGCCGGAACGACACCGUCGCGCCCGUCGCCAGGCUGCUGCACAGGAUGAUGCAGAUAAAAUCUCGAGACACGACCGAAUGCGAAGUGGACCAAGGAUACAGUAGCGCGAGGACCACACCCAACAUCACCCCCUCCACUUCCCCCCAGUACCAAACAUCACCACCCACAACUUGCACCAACUACCUCGACUACAGACAACCAAUCAACACGGAGUAUUUAAUCCCAGAGACAAACCUGAAUUACUAUAGGAUCUCGCAACAAACUGACCACAGACUAUGUAGGGCUAGUCGACUGAUAGAAGCGAGUAUAGAACCAUCUACCAGUAUGGCUGUGAAACGGAAUAUAGAUUCGAAUGAAUUAGAGUUAGAUAGAAAGAGAUACAGGGUGUCUCUGUCUCAGGCGGUUCAAUGAUAGCGUCUAGUCGGUGUGGCUGGUUCUGGAACGUUCGAAAAGCGAGCGAUGCGCGCGUUCUGAAUCGAAUAUUCUGGAAUGAAAUUCGAAUUUUCGAAUCGAAAAUUGAAAGUUUGAGUUUCAAAUUUCGAAUGUAGGCAUUGCUUUCGAUUAAUAGGCGGUAUAUAAUAUAAUGUUAUUAUGAAGUAUGCGCUGCAAUAUCAUUUUAAUUGAUUAUGAUUGAACACAUUGCGUUGCUAAGCGUUUUUAAGAUCUAUGUCGGAAUUGUAACGGUAGAAUGCGUUUUAUUUUGCAUGUUAUUUAUUUGAACAAUAUAUCGCAAUUAAGAAGCGUUGUACUCAAUAUUAAAAGGUAAAGAAUAUAGCAAUAAGUUUGUUCAUAUUGUAAAGUGCCUCGUUUGAACUCAAGCCAGUCACACCUGUUUAGCAAAUUCAGUACAUAUUUACAUGCACAUAGAGUUCCUAGUUGCAAUUUUAGUAUCAUUCCAAGAGACGUACCAGUGUUUUUUAGAUAUGUACUGAAUUUUUUGCAUUUAUUAAUUCAUUUGUAUGAUGGUAGUAUUCAAUGAGAAACGCCUUCAGGCGGAAAUGGGCGAAUGGUUCAAUAAUAACGCUAUGUAACUAUUUAAUUAUAUAAUAUAUA